AUGAAACCUUUCCACAGGGCCUUUAAAAAGGAAAAACGAGAUGACAAAGAGAGAAAUAAGAUACCGGUCGUUGACAACACAGGUCGUCACAAACCGUAUGGGCUGACCGCUUGGGCGCCGGUGGAUGAUGUGUACGUAACCCGCUUCUACCCCAAGCCUGUACACGAGACCGCAGUGGCCGUGGAUCUGCUAAAGAGCUUCCAGAUGCUGGACUAUACUCCUCUGGACCAGCCUGUUUAUAUCAAUCUGAAACUGGACAUGAAGCUGGAGAAAAAGGUACGGACAAGCCAAAAGUAAGCUAGGGGAUGGCUUAGUGCUUAUUCAGUACUACCUUCCUGGGGAAAAAAAAAGAUGGGUGCUGCACACUUAAGCAGACCGGGAUCCAAUUUAUCAGCCCCUGUGGAUUUAUUUGUCUAUUGCUAUCAAAGCAUCCAGGACUUAUUUUUCUGUAAAUAGACUAAAAGAAAAGCUUUGACUGUCAUUUCUCUGAUCAUUCAGCAAGUUUCUCCUAUCAGCAUCCAGCCCAAUAUCAUUGUGAAUAGGCUUAGAAGUUACUUCAAAGAGCUAGCCUGCUGAAAUAAAAUGGUGAUUAAAUGCAUCAAUGAUGGCAUAAAAAAAUAAUAAUGAGGCCAGUCUGAAUUAAUUUGUUGUGGCAGAGAGGAGGAAGUAGAACCCUUCAGGGAUUUGACAGUUUUCCAGUAUUUAGCUGGGUUCCCAUUACAAUCUGAAAGAGCGGUUACAUUAUAAUCAGAUUUGGCCUUUCUGAUUUGUCUUAAACAAUGAUUCCUCAGUUGCUUAAAAGCUUGCCAGUCCGGGCCUAAACCUGUGUUCCUGGCCUUGACCCAAGCAUUAUCUCUUUUAUGAAUGACUUUGGAUAAUUCCGGAGUGUACCAGGCAUUCGAUCUACCUUUAACCCAUAAUGUUUUGAAGGGAGCAUGAUUAUCCACAAUAGUAUGGAAGACAUCUACAAAGAGGCUCAAAGCUAUCUCACGUUCAGGGAUAGCUGAAAUACAAUCAAGGUCACUAAAAUAAUGAAUCAUGAAUUUAAAAUUCCAAAAAUGUAUGUAGCAAUCGCAGAUGGCCCAUUUAACUAUGCAAAGCUGAUGUUGAAAUGCAUAAUGAAUUGAGUGCAGUCUUCUUGGUAAAAUAAAAAAAUGAACAGGGAGGAAACAAUCGAAUGGCACCCUAUUCCCUAUAAUGCAUUGCUUUUGACCAGGGCCCAAAGGGUGAUAAGUUGUGCGCUAUGGGGAUUUGGGAUGCACACAUUGUGUUGUCAUGGUGACAUAGGAUGGUAAAUGUUGUUGGGUAAAAUCCAGAUUCCUUUUCCAUUUGCUAGGCACAUAUUGGUUUGUUAUGUAGGCUUUGAUGUCGCAGGCAGCACGUAUGUAUUUACAUGCGUGUUUUGAAUCUUCUCUUCCAGAAAAAAGUGGAUCCCUUUGUCAGUACAGUUCAUUUACCAUACUUGUUCAAGACAGAAGUCAACAAAGUUGCUGUUUUUACAGAGGUAGGUUAUCUUACUUAACAGUAACCUUUAUUCCUUGUCUUUUUCCAUCUCCAUUGUAUCCCCUGUGCUGUUUCCAACAUCAAUAGCUAAUUUAUUCAUUUGAUUUAUGUUAUGUCUUCCUUGAUGGACAUGUUAAUCAGUCAUUCUAUUGAAAUCCCUUGUUGAACUGGCAUUGAUGUAUACAUGGAAAUAUAUAAUCUGUAUGUCAACUACAACUGGCAGUGAUGUACAGUACCAGUCGAAAGUUUGGACACACCUACUCAUUCAAGGGUUUUUCUUUUAUCUUUACUAUUUACAUUGUAGAAUAAUAGUGAAGACAUCAAAACUAUGAAAUAACACACAUGGAAUCAUGUAGUAACCAACAAAAGUGUUAAACAAAUCAAAAUAUAUUUGAGGUUCUUCAAAGUAGCCACCCUUUGCCUUGAUGACAGCUUUGCACACUCUUGGCAUUCUCUCAACCAGCUUCAUGAGGUAGUCACCUGGAAUGCAUUUUAAUUAACAGGUGUGCCUUGUUAAGUUGUGGAAUUUCCUUCUUAAUGUGUUUGUCAAUCAGUUGUGUUGUGACAAGGUAGGGGGAGUAUACAGAAGAUAGCCCUAUUUUGUAAAAGAUCAAGUCCAUAUUAUGGCAAGAACAGCUCAAAUAAGCAAAGAGAAACGACAGUCCAUCAUUACUUUAAGACAUGAAGGUCAAGAACUUUGAACGUUUCUUAAGUGCAGUCGCAAAAACCAUCAAGCGCUAUGAUGAAACUGGCUGUCAUGAAGACCGCCACAGGAAAGGAAGACCCAGAGUUACCUCUGCUGCAAAGGAUAAGUUAACUGCACCUCAGAUUGCAGCCCAAAUGCUUCACAGAGUUCAAGUAACAGACACAUCUCAACAUCAACUGUUUAGAGGAGACUGCGUGAAUCAGGCCUUCAUGGUCGAAUUGCUGCAAAGAAACCACUACUAAAGGACACCAAUAAGAAGAAGAGACUUGCUUGGGACAAGAAACACAAGCAAUGGACAUCAGACCGGUGGAAAUCUGUCCUUUGGUCCAAAUUUUUGAUUUUUGGUUCCAACCGCCGUGUCUUUGUGAGACGCAGAGUAGGUGAACGGAUGAUCUCCGCAUGUGUAUUUCCCACUGAAAAGCAUGGAGGAGGAGGUGUGAUGGUGUGGGGGUGCUUUGCUGGUGAUACUGUCUGUGAUUUAUUUAGAAUCCACAGCAUUCUGCAGUGAUACGCCAUCCCAUCUGGUUUGCGCUUAGUGGGACUAUCAUUUGUUUUUCAACAGGACAAUGACACCGGGCUGUGUAAGGGCUAUUUGACCAAGAAGGAGAGUGAUGGAGUGCUGCUUCAGAUGAUCUGGCCUCCACAAUCCCCCAACCUCAACCAAAUUGAGAUGGUUUGGGAUGAGUUGGACCGCAGAGUGAAGGAAAAGCAGCCAACAAGUGCUAAGCAUGUGUGGGAACUCCUUCAAGACUGUUGAAAAGGUAUUCCAGGUGAAGCUGGUUGAGAGAAUUCCAAGAGUGUGCAAAGUUGUCAAGGCAAAGGGUGGCUAUAUGAAGAAUCUCAAAUAUAACAUAUAUUUUGAUUUGUUUAACAAUUCUUUGGUUACUACAUGAUUCCAUAUGUGUUAUUUCAUAGUUUUGAUGUCUUCACUAUUAUUCUACAAUGUAGAAAAUAGUAAAAAUUAAGAAAAACCCUUGAAUGAGUAGGUGUUCUAAAACUUUUUACCGGUAGUGUAAAUGUCUGUUCUUGUCAGAAUCCUGAUCAAGCCAAAGUAGCCAAGGAGAACGGAGCAGCAUUUGUGGGAGGAGCCGACCUUGUGCAGAGAGUGAGUGUCAUAAGUUUAUUUCUCUCUCGCUCUCGCUCGCUCUCGCUCGCUCUCUAUCUCUGUCGCUCUUUCUCUGUCUCUCGCUCUCGCUCUCUCUCUCUCUCUCUCGCGGUCUCUCUCUCCACCACCCCCCUCCACACACAAACCACACACACACUUUUUGUUAAUGUUUCCUGUUUUCUCUGGAAUGUUCUCUAUAAUGUAGAUCUUAGAUGAUGAAGUGGAUGCAGACUUCUACAUAGCGGUACCAGACAUCAUAUCCAAACUACUGCCUCUGAAGAACAAACUACGCAAGAAGUUCCCCAAGAACAAGAGAGGUGGGCAACAUCAAUCCAUCAAAUUUACAUCGUCCUUUUUACAUUUGUCACAAAGUGCUUUACAGUAAUCCGGCCUUAGACCCCCAAAGCUGCUGCAAAGAAAAAACCCUAGGAUCAAAACCUUGAGAGGAACCAGACUCUGACAGGAGGCCCCAUUGCGCUGUUUAAAGGAACAAUUCUAAAGGCUUUCCCCAAAAACCUUCCCAAUUAAAUAUUGACUAGCAAAGUAGGCCUACUUGGUAGAAUGAUAUCAUGAUCAUUUGUAUCGAUCACGGGGCAUUGUUUUGCAAACUCCGCCGUCACAUUGUACAGUACAAAAACACUGCUAGCCGAUCACAACGGUCUGCUCGCUAUUCGCGCAAUUGAAUUGAAGGGCAACUAUACCCUCCAAACAAUUGUUCCCAGUGGUGUCCUGACGUGAUUUUAAUGUUAUGAACUUAAACCAUCAAAUUUGUGCGGUUUUUCUAUUAAAAAGUGAUUUUGAGAGUGAACUUGAAAACUCAGAAACCUGGAAAAAUAAAACCUGGAAAAUUUAAAUUAGCCAAAAGCUCAAACUGAUUUUAUAGGGCCCUGCAACUGUAGAGUAACUGUGCUAAAGCGCUAACAAUAACACCCUUUUUCAGAUUUGAAGGUUUUAUUUUUUUCCCUCCAAACGAUCAAUGUAAAUAUGAUAUUGUCAAGUUAAAAUGUAAUUAUUUGUGUAUGGUGGGUAGGUCGUUAUAGGCUACAUACGCAGCCCGCAAAUUACAGAUAACAUUUCAAUAAUGCAUCAUCUGCUUUCCCGGGCCAGUAUUCUUUUCAUUCAGGCCAGUAGCUUUCAGUUUGCACCGGCCCGGUGUGCCACUGGUGAAUGCACCUCAAUGUCAAGCCCUGCAGGGGCUAAUUUAAAAGAUAGCUAGUCAUUAUUAGCCUGGUUCUGUAUUGAAUACAGGUACUUUAUGGGACACGGGUCAAGAAAAAUGUGUGCAACCAAAUCAUGUGCUGGUGCCACCAACUGAAAAAGUUAAUUUAGAGUCCUGGUUAGGAGUACUCAUUACCUAACCAUGUUUCUCUCUGGCUGUACCAGGUAGAAGUUAGUACUCAUUACCUAACCAUGUUUCUCUCUGGCUGUACCAGGUAGAAGUUAGUACUCAUUACCUAACCAUGUUCUCUCUGGCUGUACCAGGUAGAAGUUAGGAGUACUCACUACCUAACCAUGUUUCUCUCUGGCUGUACCAGGUAGAAGUUAGGAGUACUCAUUACCUAACCAUGUUUCUCUCUGGCUGUACCGGGUAGAAGUUAGGAGUACUCACUACCUAACCAUGUUUCUCUCUGGCUGUUUUCAGGGUCGGUUGGAGUCGACAUUCCCAAGAUGCUGGAGUUGUUUAAGACUGGCCAUGAGUACAUAGUGGAGAAGGACACUGUCAUGACUAGAGUAGGCACGGUAAGUCUAAAGGACACUGUCAUGACUAGAGUAGGCAUGGUAAGUCUAAAGGACACUGUCAUGACUAGUAGCACGUAAGUCUAAGGACACUGUCAUGACUAGAGUAGGCAUGGUAAGUCUAAAGGACACUGUCAUGACUAGAGUAGGCAUGGUAAGUCUAAAGGACACUGUCAUGACUAGAGUAGGCAUGGUAAGUCUAAAGGACACUGUCAUGACUAGAGUAGGCAUGGUAAGUCUAAAGGACACUGUCAUGACUAGAGUAGGUACGGUAAGUCUAAAGGACACUGUCAUGACUAGAGUAGGCAUGGUAAGUCUAAAGGACACUGUCAUGACUAGAGUAGGCACGGUAAGUCUAAAGGACACUGUCAUGACUAGAGUAGGUACGGUAAGUCUAAAGGACACUGUCAUGACUAGAGUAGGUACGGUAAGUCUAAAGGACACUGUCAUGACUAGAGUAGGCAUGGUAAGUCUAAAGGACACUGUCAUGACUAGAGUAGGCACGGUAAGUCUAAAGGACACUGUCAUGACUAGAGUAGGCACGGUAAGUCUAAAGGACACUGUCAUGACUAGAGUAGGCAUGGUAAGUCUAAAGGACACUGUCAUGACUAGAGUAGGCAUGGUAAGUCUAAAGGACACUGUCAUGACUAGAGUAGGCAUGGUGAGUCUAAAGGACACUGUCAUGACUAGAGUAGGCAUGGUGAGUCUGAAGGCAUUACGGAAUUACCUACAUUAUAAUCACCCCAACGUUAAAGCAUUACCUACAUUAUAAUCACCCUGACGUUAAAGCAUUACCUACAGUAUAAUCACCCCAACGUUAAAGCAUUACCUACAGUAUAAUCACCCCUACGUUAAAGCAUUACCUACAGUAUAAUCACCCCGACGUUAAAGCAUUACCUACAGUAUAAUCACCCCGACGUUAAAGCAUUACCUACAGUAUAAUCACCCCGACGUUAAAGCAUUACCUACAGUAUAAUCACCCCGACGUUAAAGCAUUACCUACAGUAUAAUCACCCCGACGUUAAAGCAUUACCUACAGUAUAAUCACCCCGACGUUAAAGCAUUACCUACAGUAUAAUCACCCCGACGUUAAAGCAUUACCUACAGUAUAAUCACCCUGACGUUAAAGCAUUACCUACAGUAUAAUCACCCCUACGUUAAAGCAUUACCUACAGUAUAAUCACCCUGACGUUAAAGCAUUACCUACAGUAUAAUCACCCCGACGUUAAAGCAUUACCUACAGUAUAAUCACCCUGACGUUAAAGCAUUACCUACAUUAUAAUCACCCCAACGUUAAAGCAUUACCUACAGUAUAAUCACCCCAAUGUUAAAGCAUUACCUACAGUAUAAUCACCCUGACGUUAAAGCAUUACCUACAGUAUAAUCACCCUGACGUUAAAGCAUUACCUACAGUAUAAUCACCCUGACGUUAAAGCAUUACCUACAGUAUAAUCACCCUGACGUUAAAGCAUUACCUACAGUAUAAUCACCCUGACGUUAAAGCAUUACCUACAGUAUAAUCACCCCGACGUUAAAGCAUUACCUACAGUAAAUCACCCUGACGUUUAAAGCAUUACCUACUUACCCCGACGUUAAAGCAUUACCUACAGUAUAAUCACCCCGACGUUAAAGCAUUACCUACAGUAUAAUCACCCUGACGUUAAAGCAUUACCUACAGUAUAAUCACCCCGACGUUAAAGCAUAUGUGUAAUCCUCACAUAAAUGUCUGUCAGAUUACCCAAGUACCAUCCAGUGCAUCAUUGUGUUACUAACAUGACAUAUACCUAUACUAGAGUAACUAAGGCGUAAUAACCUAUGUAAUUAUGAACUAGUAAUAGCAAUAGAACAUAAUCGUGCACAAUUUACCACUUUUAUGCCAGCAGUUAUGGAAUUUGAAAAACUGUGCUCUAUAUAGGCAGGGAAAACCUGUUUAGAUGAUUUCUUGUAUAUCAUCAAAAUAAAUCACAGCACGUUUCAGGACUAAUUCAGCAGUUUUUACCUGAUUUAACUAGAAUACUAUUGGCAAUUAAUGUUGAAAGUCCCAUUUAUAUUCAUAAAACAUAAGUUGAAAAUGAAGCUGUCCCUGCUUCCUGUUGACAAUAACUUUUGAUAAGUAGACCAAUGUUAAAACAACAUUUUGAAGUGUCCAAAUCAAUAAUUUAUAUGUCAGAAAUAGUUUGUGAUAUAUUGAAAACAUAAACUGGAAAUAUUGUUUACAUCACUGGUUAGAGGACAACCUGCUGAAGACAGUCAGUUACAUUUUGGAGUGAUGCAUUUUGAUUUGGUGGUCGCCAAAAUGGAAAGAGAAACGCAAUACUUAUUUGUCAAUCACUCAUAUCGAUAUCAUGUUGAAAUCAAUAGAACGAGAGGGGGGAGACCAAACAUACACUACACUGAUCUGGGAAUAAUAUGUACAGUGCCUUCAAAGUAUUCAGACCCCUUGACGUUUUUCCACAUUUUGUUACGUUACAGCCUUAUUCUAAAAUUGAUUAAAAUGUUUUUUUCCCUCUAAUCAAUGUACACACAAUACCCCAUAAUGACAAAGCGAAAACAGGUUUUUAGAAAUGUUUGCAAAUGUAUUACAAAUAAAAAACAUAUCUUAUUUACAUAGGUAUUCAGACCCUUUGCUAUGAGACUCGAAAAUGAGCUGAGGUGCAUCCUGUUUCCAUGACGCUUGGCAUUCAGGCCAAAGAGUUCAAUCUUGGUUUCAUCAGACCAGAGAAUCUUGUUUCUCAUGGUCUGAGAGUCCUUUAGGUGCCUUUUGGCAAACUCCAAGAGGGCUGUCAUGUUCCUUUUACUGAGGAGUGGCUUCCGUCUGGCUACUCUACCAUAAAGGCCUGAUUGGUGGAGUGCUGCAUGGAUGGUUGUCCUUCUGGAAGGUUCUCCCAUUUCCACAGAGGAACUCUGGAGCUCUGUCAGAGUGACCAUCGGGUUCUUGGUCACCUCCCUGACCAAGGCCCGUCUCCCCCGAUUGCUCAGUGUGGUUGGGCAGCCAGUUCUAGGAAGAGUCUUGGUGGUUCCAAACUUCUUCCAUUUAAGAAUGAUGGAGGUCACUGUGUUCUUGGGGACCUUCAAUGCUGCAGAAAUGUUUUGGUACCCUUCCCCCAGAUCUGUGCCUCGACACAAUCCUGUCUCGGAGCUCUACGUACAAUUCCUUCGACCUCAUGGCUUGGUUUUUUCUCUGACAUGCACUGUCAACUGUGGGACCUUAUAUAGACAGGUGUGUGCCUUUCCAAAUCAUGUCCAAUCAAUUGAAUUUACCACAGGUGGACUCCAAUCAAGUUGUAGAAACAUCUCAAGGAUGAUCAAUGGAAACAGGAUGCACCUGAGCUCAAUUUCGAGUCUCAUAGCAAAGGGUCUGAAUACUUAUGUAAAUAAGGUAUUUCUGUUGUUUUUUUUGUCCUUAUGGGGUGUUGUGUGUAGAUUGAUGAGGAAAAUGUUUUAUUUAAUUCAUUUUAGAAUAAGGCUGUAACGUAACAACGUGGAAAAAGUCAAGGGGUCUGAGUACUUUCCGAAUGCACUGUACAUUUUAAUGUAUUCAAUGUAUUAUGUCUGAUACUGUGCUCAACUUUGUUGUCCUCCCCACAGCUGGACAUGCCCAAGCAGCAGCUCAUAGCCAACAUACAGACUGUUGUUGAAGAUGUCUGUUCCCACCGGCCCGCUAGCUUAGGUACGUACCAUGAUGAUGAAUGAAUAUUAUUUGACAAAUACCAGGUUUUUAAAGUAAAUGACAUACACUGUGUACACAUUAGGAACAACUGCUCUUUCCAUGACAGACUGAUCAGGUGAAAGCUAUGAUCCCUAAUUGAUGUCACUUGUUAAAUCCACUUCAAUCAGUGUAGAUGAAGGGGAGGAGACAGGUUAAAGAAUGAGUUUUAAGCCUUGAGACAAUUGAGACAUGGAUUGUGUAUGUGUGCCGUUCAGAGGGUGAAUGGGCAAGACAAAAGAUUUAAGUGCCUUUGAACAGGUUAUGGUAGUAGGUGCCAGGCGCACCGGUUUGAGUGUGUCAAGAACUGCAACGCUGCUGGGUUUUUCACACUCAGCAGUUUCCGGUGUGUAUCAAGAAUGAUUCACCACCCAAAGGACAUCCAGUCAACUUGACACAACCGUGGGAAACAUUGGAGUCAGCAUUGGCCAGCAUCCCUGUGGAACGCUUUCGACACCUUGUAGAGGCCAUGCCCUGACAAAUUGAGGCUGUUCUGAGGGCAAAAGGGGGGUGCAACUCAAUAUUAGGAAGGUAUUCUUAAUGUGUUGUACAAUCAGUGUAUAUGACAUGUAUAUCACAUUGGGAUUUAGAGGGUUAAAGUACGUAAAGAGUAGCCUCAGUCAUAUGAGUACAACUAUACAUACCUGGAUAUACCCACCCUCCUUGACAACAUGACUGCUCCAAGGCUCUCUGGGACUUAUUUGGCAGUGAGACUUCAAGGCAGUGCUACAUGCUAUCAUACGGUCCAUGAUUUGUCAUUAUAGUUAAUAAACUACACAUUCCACACCAUGAUUCCACAUUAUAGUUAUUCAACUACACAUUCCACACCAUGAUUCCACAUUAUAGUUAUUGAACUACACAUUCCACACCAUGAUUCCACAUUAUAGUUAUUGAACUACACAUUCCACACCAUGAUUCCACAUUAUAGUUAUUGAACUACACAUUCCACACCAUGAUUCCACAUUAUAGUUAUUGAACUACACAUCCCACGGCACUGUAUGUGGGUGUGUGGACUUUUAAUACAAAGCCUUCCAAUACAAUAUUGUGUGCUAGAUAGGUGUGUGAUUUUUUUGCCUACAAACUCAACCAAACCAAUAGGGAUUUGUGUGUAUUAUUAUUAUAAUGUUUCCUGACUGAGGUGUUGUGUGUCAUAAUGAGAACCUAGAUAAGAGUUGGUGCUGAAGGGACUGGGCUGGGCGAAGUGGGAGGAUGAUUAUUGACUCCUGCUCUGACUGACAUUUGUUACCCACCUUUGUUAUACUGGUGGUCGUUUGAAGACUCUUAGUACACUAGAUAUAUCCAACCCACCUGGGGAAAAUAGUGUGUGAAGUGAUGUUCUCUUUAAUUCUGUGCCCAAAGGAUAACUACACUGAAGGAGCUAUAGCACAAGGCCAGAACUCAUACAGUGCGUUCGGAAAGUAUUCAGACCCCUUGACUUUUUCCACAUUUUUGUUUACGUUAUAGCCUUAUUCUAAAAUUGAUUCAAUAAACAAUUCCUCAUCGAUCUACAUACAAUACCCCAUAAUGACAAAGCGAUUUUUUUGGGAAAUGUAUUAAAAUUGAAAAACAGAAAUACCUUAUUUAAGGAAGUAUUCAGACCCUUUGCUAUGAGACUCGAAAUUGAGUUCAGGUGCAUCCUGUUUCCACUGAUCAUCCUUGAGAUGUUUCUACAACUUGAUUGGAGGCCACCUGUGGUAAAUUCAAUUGAUUUGGACAUGAUUUUGGAAAGGUACACACCUGUUUAAAUAAGGUCCCACAGUUGACAGUGCAUGUCAGAGCAAAAAACCAAGCAACAGGUCAAAGGAAAUGUCCGUUGAGCUCCGAGACAGGAUUGUGUCGAGGCACAGAUCUGGGGAAGGGUACCAAAACAUUUCAGCAGCAUUGAAGGUCCCCAAGAACACAGUGGCCUCCAUCAUUCUUAAAUGGAAGAAGUUUGGAACCACCAAGACUCUUCCUAGAGCUGGCCACCCAGCCAAACUGAGCAAUCGGGGUGAAGGGCCUUGGUCAGGGAGGUGACCAAGAACCCAAUGGUCACUCUGACAGAGCUCCAGAGUUCCUCUGUGGAGAUGGGAGAACCUUCCCGAAGGACAACCAUCUCUGCAGCACUCCACCAAUCAGGCCUUUAUGGUAGAGUGGCCAGACGGAAGCCACUCCUCAGUAAAAGGCACAUGACAGCCUGCUUGAAGUUUGCCAAAAGGCACCUAAAGGACUCUCAGACCAUGAGAAACAAGAUUGAACUCUUUAGCCCAGGGGUGUCAAACUCAUUUUAGCUCAGGGGCCACAUGGAGGAAAAUCUAUUCCCAAGUGGGCCAGACCGGAAAAAUCAUGGUAUAUACAGUCAUGGCCAAAAUUGUUGGCACCCCUGAAAUUUUUCCAGAAAAUGAAGUAUUUCUCACAGAAAAGUAUUGAAAUUACACAUGUUUUGCUAUGCACAUGUUUUAUUUCCUUUGUGUGUAUUGGAAUAACACAAAAAAAAAACAGGAAAAAAGCAAAUUUGACAUAAUUUCACACAAAAACUCAAAAAUGGGGCCGGACAAAAUGAUUGGCACCCUUAACUUAAUAUUAGUUGCACACCCUUUGGAAAAAAUAACUGAAAUCAGUCGCUUCCUAUAACCAUCAAUAAGCUUCUUACACCUCUCACCCCCGGAAUUUUGGACCACUCUUCUUUUGCAAACUGCUCCAGGUCUCUCAUAUUGGAUGGGUGCCUUUUCCCAACAGUAAUUUUAAGAUCUCUCCACAGGUGUUCAAUGGGAUUAAGAUCUGGACUCAUUGCUGGCCACUUCAGAACUCUCCAGCGCUUUGUUGCCAUCCAUUUCUGGGUGCUUUUUGAAGUAUGUUUGGGGUCAUUGUCCUGCUGGAAGACCCAUGAUCUCGGACGCAAACCCAGCUUUCUGACACUGGGCCCUACAUUGCGACCCAAAAUCCUUUGGUAAUCCUCAGAUUUCAUGAUGCCUUGCACACAGUCAAGGCACCCAGUGCCAGAGGCAGCAAAACAACCCCAAAACAUCUUUGAACCUCCACCAUAUUUGACUGUAGGUACUGUGUUCUUUUCUUUGAAGGCUUCAUUACAUUUUCGGUAAACAGUAGAACGAUGUGCUUUACCAAAAAGCUCUAUCUUGGUCUCAUCUGUCCAUAAGACGUUCUCCCAGAAGGAAUUUGGCUUACUCAUGUACAUUUUGGCAAACUGUAGUCUUGCUUUUUUAUGUCUCUGUGUCAGCAGUGGGGUCCUCCUGGGUCUCCUGCCAUAGCGUUUCAUUUCAUUCAAAUUUCGACGUAUAGUUCGCGCUGACACUGAUGCACCCUGAGCCUGCAGGACAGCUUGAAUUUCUUUGGAACUUGUUUGGGGCUGCUUAUCCACCAUCCGGACUAUCCUGCGUUGCAACCUUUCAUCAAUUUUUCUCUUCCGUCCACGUCCAGGGAGAUUAGCUACAGUGCCAUGGGUUGCAAACUUCUUGAUCAUGUUGCGCACUGUGGACAAAGGAACAUCUAGAUCUCUGGAGAUGGACUUGUAACCUUGAGAUUGUUGAUAUUUUUCCACAAUUUUUGGUUCUCAAGUCCUCACAGUUCUCUUUUCCUCUUUCUGUUCUCCAUGCUUAGUGUGGCACACACAGAAACACAAUGCAAAGACUGAGUCAACUUCUCUCCUUUUUAUCUGCUUUCAGGUGUGAUUUUUAGAUUGCCCACACCUGUUACUUGCCCCAGGUGAGUUUAAAGGAGCAUCACAUGCUUGGAACAAACUUAUUUAUCCACAAUUUUGAAAGGGUGCCAAUAACUUUGUCCGGCCCAUUUUUUUAGUUUUGUGUGAAACUAUGUCAAAUUUGCUUUUUUCCUGUUUUUUUUUGUGUUAUUCCAAUACACCAAAGGAAAUAAACAUGUGCAUAGCAAAACAUGUGUAAUUUCAAUACUUUUCUGUGAGAAAUACUUCAUUUUCUGGAAAAAUUUCAGGGGUGCCAACAAUUUUGGCCAUGACUGUAUAACUUAAAAACAACAACUUCAGAUUGUUUUCUUUGUUUUAAUACGAUCAACAUAAAGCUGGAGCCUGAGGACAGUGUGUCCAAAAUAGUACAAGCACAACAUCACUAUUAAUCAUAAAACACGUCAAGUUUAUUUGAAAAAUUCUAAAGAAAAAGAACACACAAAACACAAUGCCUCAGUGAUUAACAGAACUGUUUCACAGAUCACAGAACUAUAUCAGGGUGUCAUUUCUCAGGCAGAAAUGUAGAUAAAAAUAAUGAAAUCCUGUUCCCCAAACAAGUGCAAGAACCACAGAGUCAAGAAUAGGUUAAAUAUACAAAUAAAAUAAAAUCAAUUAAAAACAAUAGCACAUCAACAUAAAAACAUAUAAACAUAAAGCUGGAGCCUGAGGACAGUGUCCAAAAGCACAACAUCACUAUUAAUCAUAGAACACCUCAAGUUAUUUGAAAGUUCUGAGGACAAAGAACACACAAACACACAAUGCCUCAGUGAUUCACAGAAGUAUAUCACAGAUCACAGAACUAUAUCAGGGUGUCAUUUCUCAGGCAGAAAUGUAGAUAAAAAUAAUGAAAUCCUGUUCCCCAAACAAGUGCAAGAACAACAGAGUCAAGAAUAGGUUAAAUAUACAAAUAAAAUCAAUUAAAAACAAUAGCACAUCAACAUAAAAACAUAAACAUAAAUCUGAAAGCGUUGCUCAAACUCCCGUAACAGUCCCGUUAUUUUAUCUUUGAACCGCUUCAUGUCUGCCACAUGUUGGGUCGCGCACACAUUUUUCAGACAGGGGAAGUGAGCUGUAUCACCACCGGCAAGUUGCGUCUCCCACAAUGACAGCUUCAACUUGAAAGAACUUAUGCUGUCAUAAUACUGCGUGACAACUUUGUUGCGCCCUUGCAGCUGUUUGUUCAAGUUAUUCAGGUGCUCUGUAACAUCCACCAUAAAUGCAAGGUCCUGCAUCCAUUCUGCGGAAUGAAAUUCUAACACUGGUUUGCCCUUUUCUUCCAUGAACUGUUCAAUUUCUUCUCGUAAAUCAAAGAAACGCCUCAGCACAGCACCUCGGCUUAACCAUCUUACCUCAGUGUGGUAUGGCAGGCCAUAGAUGUGGUCUUUCUCUCUGAGAAGGCUGUCAAACUGACGGUGAUUCAGGCUUCUGGAUCGGAUGAAAUUAACAGUUUGGAUGACCACCUUCAUGACGUUAUCCAUCUUUAAUGACUUGCAACACAAAGCCUCCUGGUGCAAAAUACAGUGAAAAGUCAAAAAAUCACGUCCUCCAUUUGCAGAUUGCACUUUCUCUCUGAACUUUGUCACAACGCCUGCUUUUUUUUUUCCCGAUCAUUGAGGGCGCACCAUCUGUAGCCAGGCUGACAGCGCGGGACCAGUCCACUCCGACCCUGUCCAGCGCGCCGACGAGUGCGGUAAAAAUAUCAGCUGCUGUCGUUGUAUCUGUCAUCGGCACCAACUCCACGAACUCCUCGGUGACGGUCAAUGUGUCAUCAACUCCGCGGAUGAAAAUGGCCAGUUGUGCAACAUCUGAAAUGUCCGUGCUUUCAUCAAUUGCAACCGAAAACGCAAUAAAUGACUUUACUUUUUGCUUCAACUGGCUGUCCAAAUCCACUGAAAGAUCGGAAAUCCUGUCUGCAACUGUAGCUCAUUGGCUGCACGUGCUUGACCUAUUUGCUCUGCCCCGGUAUAAACAGUUUGCUUGCUUAACACAAUUGCUAUUGCGCCAUCCAGUGGACGCAAUUGGAACAGCAGUUUAUUUUAUUGAAAAAUUGCAGCGCAUUUUUAUACUUUACCAAAAAAAAAAGUUUUUUUUUUUUUUUUUUUUUCCCCAAAAUCAUCUCGCGGGCCGGAUUAAACCCGUUUACGGGCCUGAUCCGGCCCGCGGGCCGUACGUUUGACACCCCUGCUUUAGCCUGAAUGCCAAGCGUCACGUCUGGAGGAAACCUGACACCAUCCCUUCGGUCCUUGAGUGGUCCUGCCAGAGCCCGGACUUGAAACCUAUCGAACAUCUCUUGAGAGACCUGAAAAUAGCUGUGCAGCAACGCUCCCCAUCCAACCUGACAGAGCUUGAGAGGAUCUGCAGAGAAGAAUGGGAGAAACUCCCCAAAUACAGGUGUGCCACGCUUGUAUCAUCAUACCCAAGAAGACUUGAGGCUGUAAUCGCUGCCAAAGGUGCUUCAACAAAGUACUGAGGAAAGGGUCUAAAUACUUAUGUCAAUGUGCUAUUUCAGUAUUUAUUUUAUUUUUGCACAAAGAAUCUAAGAACCUGUUUUUGCUUUGUCAUUAUGGGGUAUCGUGUGUAGAUUGAUGAGGGGAAAAAACAAUUUAAUCUAUUUUAGAAUAAGGCUGUAACGUAACAAAGUGGAAAAGGUCAAGGGGUCUGAAGACUUUCUGAAUGCCCUGUACAUGAAAGUUAUGACAGAGACAAUGUAACAAUCAGAUGAUCCACAUUUUUAUUUUGUAUUAUUAGUUGGGUUAUCAUUCAAAACCCUUUUUAUUCAAGAAUGUACUGAUCCUUUCGAUGUAUUUUACUUUUAGGUUAGUUCUAUUUAGCUUUAGGUUUCUAGAGCUGCAGAAAGUACACAUUAAACCGCUUGAAAAGAGACAGAGGCAGGGAGGGAGAGAGGGAGGCAGGCAGAGGGAGGCAGGGAGGGAGAGAGGCAGGCAGGGAGAGAGAGAGAGGGAGGCAGGCAGGUGAGAGGGGCAGGCAGGGAGAUAGAGGGGCAGGCAGGGAGAGAGAGAGGCAGGCAGGCAGGCAGGGAGGGAGAGGGAGGCAGGCAGGGAGAGGGGGGCAGGCAGAGAGAGAGGCAGGCAGGCAGGCAGGGAGAGAGGCAGGCAGGCAGGGAGAGAGGGAAGCAGGCAGAGAGGCAGGCAGGGAGAGAGGGAGGCAGGCAGGCAGAGAGGGAGGGAGGGAGGCAGGCAGGGAGAGAGGGAGGGAGGCAGGCAGGGAGAGAGGGAGGCAGGCAGGCAGGGAGAGAGGCAGGCAGGGAGAGAGGCAGGCAGGCAGGGAGAGAGGCAGAGAGAGAGGGAAGCAGGCAGAGAGGCAUGCAGGGAGAGAGGCAGGCAGAGAGAGAGACAGGGAGGAACACAAAUAGCCUCAGGGAGAGUAUUCUAGAAUGUAGUGGAAAUCUUCUUGACAACAGGUCUGAAAAGAAAACAGUAGCUUUGUCAAAUUGCAUCAGACGUGUUGUGUCUCAGCAACUCUGUUCAGGUGUGUCUUUAAAACCCAGCAUUAUACCACACCAGUCUUAAUGUCUAUCCAGAGGGAAUUCUGUACUUCAGUGUUUUCUGAUGAAUGUGAAAGAAAGGGCAGUAAGGCGUAGGGGCCUAAACAGGGAUUGAACCCCCACCGCCGGCAGCACUACUACUAGACUAGACCCUGUUUCAAUGUCUCUGACACCCCUCCCCUCUUCCCCCCCUCUACCCCUCCCCUCUACCACCCACCCUCCCUCACCCCCUCUCACCCUCCCCUCUUCCCCUCCCCUCUUCCCCCUCUAAACCCUCCCCUCUAACCCCCCUCCCCUCUUCCACCCCUCCCCUCUUCCCCCCCUACCCCUCCCCCCUCCCCCCCGCCCUCUUCCCUUCCCCCCCUCUAACCCCCUCCCCUCUUCCCCCCCUCCCCUCUUCCCCCCCUCCCCUCUUUCCCCCUCUACCCCUCCCCUCCCCUCUUCCCCCUCCCCUCUUCCCCCCUACCCCCCUCUUCCCCCCCUCCACCCCUACCCCUUCCCCCCUCUAUCCCCCCCUCCCCUCUUUCCCCCCCUCAUACCCCCCUCUCCCCCCCUCCCCUCUUCCCACCCUUACCCCCCUCCCCUCCCCCCCUCCCCCCUCCCCUCUUCCCCCCUCCCCUCUCCCCCCCCCUCCCCUCUUCCCCCCCUCUACCCUUGCCUCCACAGGUCAUUUCAUAGAGCGAGCGAUCGUCAGCUGUCAGACGAGUGAAGCCCUGCUCUUUAAGAGUGAAGAACUCGUACAGAAAGUGACAGUGAAAAAGGACGCUUGA